CUCCCGCUGAGAUGUCCAGCCUGCCCAAUGGCUUCCCCUCUGCCCUGGACUCGCCUUUGGCAUGGACUGGUCAGCAAUUGGCUCGCCAAUCUGACUAUAUCCACCAUUUGAGCGAGAACGAGAUUGAGGAGAUUGAGGCUGCUCUCCAGCACUUCAAAGCUCUUGAAUUGGACGGCGAUCUCGUCACUCCUGACACCUUCCCGCUCCCCACUGUUGGCCCCAACGUGCUCAGCCGCAUGCGUGACGAUCUUCACCAAGGCAAGGGAUUUGCCGUUCUUCAAGGACUCGACUCCAAGAAGUACUCUGUCGAAGACUUGACCACCAUGUAUCUCGGCGUCCAGGCCUACAUCGCGAACCGCUGUGGCCGCCAGGACAAGAAGGGUAACAUGCUGGUCCACAUCGUUGCCGAUAACUCGUCAAAGGAGAAGGCUGAGCACCAUCGCCACUCAACCUCCCCCAUUACUUUCCACAAUGAGGAGGCUGGAGACAUCGUGAGCUGGCUCACCAGGAAUGCCGCCAAGUCCGGAGGCAAGUGCAUCAUCGCCUCAACCUACACCGUUUACAACGUGCUCUCCGCCACUCGCCCCGACCUGAUUCGAACUUUGGCUCGAUCUGACUGGCCAUUUGCAUUCCCCAAGUUCCAAUGCCGACCUGUCUUCUUCUACGAAGAUGGCCGACUGAUCACCAACUUCGGUCGAGCUGCUCUCAUGGGAAGUGCAGCCCACGCCAGACCUGCCCACCUGCCCACCCUCACCGCCAACCAAAUCGAGGCCCUGGAUGCAAUCCAGGACAUUGCAGAGGCAACCAAGUUUGAGUUCAGCACAAAGGCAGGUGACAUGCACUUCAUCAACAACCUGGCUGUCCUCCACCGCCGCGCGGGCUUUGUCAACGGCGCAGAGGCCGAUCAGCGCAGACACCUUGUGCGCAUGAGACUCCAUGACGACGAGAUGGGAUGGAAAAUCCCUGUUGACCUUCAGCUCGAGUGGAACAAGGCUUUUGGCCCCGCGGGAACUCAGGUGUGGCACCUUGAGCCCAUGCCCACUGGGUACUUUCCUCUACGAUCCCAGCCCAACUAG